AUGUUCCCUCGCCAGAUCCUGGUUUUUGCUGCGCUUGGGUUAUGUUUUGCGCUCGUUGCUGGUGCUACGCAAGUUUCUGGAGUGAGGAGAUGGGAGCUUCGCCGUCGCUUCUCAUUUGAGGAUAGCUUCUAUCAUCCACCUUCAGGCUGGGAGAGUGCUAGCCCAGGUGAAGUCCUUGCUUCGCGAAAGGUUGAUGUCUCUCCUGCUAGCAUUUUCAAUCUCGGAAUCAACGCUUACCAACUGCUUUACCGUACAACUGGCUUAACUGAUGGCGAAGCUACCACGUCAGUCACCACUGUGCUUGUACCCUAUAACUACGACAAAGACAAGGUCAUGGUCUCCGCUUUGUAUGAAGACUCAUUCUCAUCAGAAUGUGCUCCUAGUAAGCAGCUCAAGUCCGGUCACUUCAUUUCCCAGAACGUUGCUGUUGCGUACCAAUCACUUUUUCUGACGACGCUUCUGCAUGAGGGAUGGGUUGUUACUGUUCCCGACCACGAGGGUCCCCAAAAUGCAUUUGGUGCAGGGCCGCUUGAGGGACAUGCUAUUUUGGAUGCUGUUCGUGCGACUAUUAACUACGACCGAAUUGGUCUAGGCAGUAAUGCCAAAGUUACAGGAUAUGGCUAUUCAGGUGGUGCAAUGGCUCUUGGGUGGGCUGCAAGUCUACACAAGAGCUAUGCAUCUGAACUGAAUGUCGUGGGAUGGGCCAUGGGUGGCACUGUGACAAGAAUGGCUGAUUGGUUGCGAUAUAUUGACGGAACCGGCGGUGCUGGCUUUGCCGUUGCCGCACUUGGGGGGAUCUCUUCUGUGGACAAUGACCUACAAUGGGUUCAAGACAAUUUAACACCCUUGGGCAAGAUAGUUUUGGAAAAGUCCAAACAUUCUUGCAUGUAUAAAAAUCUUCUUGAGGAAGCCUACAAACGGUUCAUCUCUGACACUUAUUUCCAAGGUGGCUCUACGUUCUUUGAGAAUUCAGGCGCCAUGUAUGCGCUUAAUAAGUACAAUCUUGGUGAAGAUGGUUCUAAAGUACCUUCAGCGCCCGUGUUCAUGUUCCACGCGCGAAACGACAUCGUCGUGCCGUAUGCGAUGGCUCAAGCAACGGCACGGUCUUGGUGUCAGCAGGGUGCUCAGAUUAGAUUUACAACCUACGCCGGUGUUGAAAUGGGACACACUAGCGCUGGCAUUGCGAGUCUGCCGGAUGUGCUUCAUUUCUUACGUGACCGAUUCAAUGGUAAGCAGUGGGGCGAAACCUGCCAAUACCCAGUUGUGCUUGACCCAUGGUUCAACCUGUUUAACCUAGGGGAGUCGUAUGCAGAGUUUGUCCAGCAGCUCUUGGAUUUACUUGGAAGGCGUAUCGGCAAAGACGAUCAUAUCCUCAUGGCGAAGCUUAAGAAACAAGAGGUGCCUUGA